AUUCUUGUCCUCAAAUCAAAUACACAUCUCUUCAUAUAUCUCUCUCAAUAUCUCCCUCUCCCUCUCUCUCAUAAUUACUCUCUCUCAAAUUAUUCCAAACAAAAAAACAAUUUCUAUAAAAUAUAAAAAAAAAUGGAAAGCAAUCUACCAGUGAUGUCAAAGAGAGUAUGGAAAAUGGUACGUGUGGUAUUCUUCAUGUUAAGAAAAGGCAUAUCAAAGGGCAAAUUAAUGAUGGGACUAAACAUGAUGCUCAAACGCCGUGGAAAGCUUGCCGGAAAAGCCAUUGCCAAUUUAAUGUUCCACCAUCAUAGCCACCACAACAAUGGCGGCUCCACCUCAAGCAGCCGCUCCCAUGAUUCACACCACCAAUUCACUAGGGAGUAUGAAUUUAGCUGCAGCAACACUCCCCACCACUUCUUUCCAAUAGGGAAGCGUCACCGCAGCCACAACAAUUUCUUCACUUGCGCUCACGUGCCAUCUACACAGGAUGAUGAUGUGGCAACAAUGAGUGCAAUGAAGGCAGUGUUAGAGAUGCUUAACAAUGAUCAAACGAUUGUAGAAGCAUCUCCAGCACUGCCCGGAUUCGGACGGAGUCCAAUGGUGAGGCAAUUGAGGGUGACUGACUCGCCAUUUCCUUUAAGAGAAGAUGAUGAAAAGGACAAUCAAGUUGAUAAGGCAGCUGAAGAUUUCAUAAACAGGUUUUACAGCCAAUUGAGAAAGCAAGAUUGAUUGAUUAAUUAAUUCAACCUACCCUGUUUAGCUAAUAAUUAAAGUGUGAUCGUUUGUUGUGAAUGUUAAGUAACCAUUUUAUUUUCAUUUUGGUUAUUUUCAUGAUAUAUAUAAUCCAGAGUUGAUAUGCCUAUAUAUGUUGGAGAUUUA